CCGCCCUUUCCCUCUAGGGCCCGCCCUCUGUCCGCCCCGAAACCUCCAGAUUCCUAACCCCUGGACCCCUUUAGCCCCUUAGCAGUAUUCACAAAUGUUUUCCCACUCACGCUUUUUAUUUGUUCUUUUCCUUUUGCUCCUCUUCUCCUCUUGGUGCUUUUUACACUUGAAUUUUUCUCUUUCUCCAUAUCCUUUGACCCUAAUUUUAGCAAGCUUUCCAUCCACCCGCAUGUUGUUUUUUGCCUUACCUAUCCUUCUCCUUUUUUUCCCCAGGAUACUUUUUUGUAUUUUGAAACUCUUUGAACAUGUCCACCGCACCUCACAUUUCCUAUGCGAAAAGUACAUUUUUAAUGUUUUCUGGGUUUAAUUUUGUGCAAGGGAGAAUUGAGGCCCAGUUUUAGCGCUACUAAGCCUAGUUUGUGUUGUGUCCUACAAUUGCCCUUUCUCCAAUCCCUUGUUUUUUGGUUUUUGGUUUUUUUGUUUUUUUUUUUACACUAGUGCCUUUCAUCUUACUGUUAAUUAUUUCUUUUUCAUCAUAGUGUCCUUUACUCCUCCUCACUUUACUCUUUUCCUCCCCCCAACUUUAAGUUGUUUAUCUUUUAAUUCUUUUCAGACCAAGAUCACUCCAUGGAUGAAAUGACAGCCGUGGUGAAGAUUGAAAAAGGAGUUGGUGGCAAUAAUGGGGGCAAUGGUAAUGGUGGUGGUGCCUUUUCUCAGGCUCGAAGCAGCAGCACAGGCAGUAGCAGCAGUGGAGGAGGAGGGCAGGAGUCCCAGCCAUCCCCUCUGGCUCUGCUGGCAGCAACUUGCAGCAGAAUUGAGUCACCCAAUGAAAACAGCAACAACUCCCAGGGCCCAAGCCAGUCAGGGGGCACAGGUGAGCUUGACCUCACAGCCACACAGCUCUCACAGGGUGCCAAUGGCUGGCAGAUCAUCUCUUCCUCCUCUGGGGCUACCCCUACCUCAAAGGAACAGAGUGGCAGCAGUACCAAUGGCAGCAAUGGCAGUGAGUCUUCCAAGAAUCGCACGGUCUCUGGUGGGCAGUAUGUUGUGGCUGCCACCUCCAACUUACAGAACCAGCAAGUUCUGACAGGAUUACCUGGAGUGAUGCCUAAUAUUCAGUAUCAGGUAAUCCCACAGUUCCAGACCGUUGAUGGGCAACAACUGCAGUUCGCAGCCACCGGGGCACAAGUGCAGCAGGAUGGUUCUGGUCAGAUACAGAUCAUACCAGGUGCAAACCAACAGAUCAUAACAAAUCGAGGAAGUGGAGGCAACAUCAUUGCUGCUAUGCCAAACCUACUCCAGCAGGCUGUCCCCCUCCAAGGCCUGGCUAAUAACGUACUCUCAGGACAGACUCAGUAUGUGACCAAUGUACCGGUGGCCCUGAAUGGGAAUAUCACCUUGCUACCUGUCAACAGCGUUUCUGCAGCUACCUUGACUCCUAGCUCUCAGGCAGUCACUAUCAGCAGCUCUGGGUCCCAGGAGAGUGGCUCACAGCCCGCCACCUCGGGGACUGCCAUCAGUUCUGCCAGUUUGGUAUCCUCACAAGCCAGUUCCAGCUCCUUUUUCACCAAUGCCAAUAGUUACUCAACAACUACAACCACCAGCAACAUGGGAAUUAUGAACUUUACCACCAGCGGAUCAGCAGGGACCAACUCUCAAGGGCAGACAGUCCAGAGGGUCAGUGGGCUACAGGGGUCUGAUGCUCUAAACAUCCAGCAGAACCAGACAUCUGGUGGCUCUCUGCAAGCAAGUCAGCAAAAAGAGGGAGAGCAAAACCAGCAGACACAGCAACAGCAACAAAUUCUUAUCCAGCCUCAGCUAGUACAAGGGGGACAGGCUCUGCAGGCCCUUCAGGCAGCACCAUUGUCAGGGCAGACCUUUACAACCCAAGCUAUCUCCCAGGAAACCCUCCAGAAUCUCCAGCUUCAGGCUGUUCCAAAUUCUGGCCCCAUCAUCAUCCGGACACCAACAGUGGGGCCCAAUGGACAGGUCAGUUGGCAGACUCUUCAGCUGCAGAAUCUCCAAGUUCAGAACCCACAGGCCCAGACAAUCACCUUGGCCCCAAUGCAGGGUGUUUCCUUGGGGCAGACCAGCAGCAGCAAUACCACCCUUACGCCCAUUGCCUCAGCUGCCUCCAUCCCUACCGGCACAGUCACUGUGAAUGCUGCUCAGCUCUCCUCCAUGCCUGGCCUCCAGACCAUUAACCUCAGUGCUUUGGGUGCUUCAGGAAUCCAGGUGCACCAGCUUCCAAGCCUGCCCUUGGCUAUAGCAAAUGCCCCAGGUGAUCAUGGAGCUCAGCUUGGCCUCCAUGGAGCUGGUGGUGAUGGAAUACAUGAUGACACAGCAGGUGGAGAAGAAGGGGAAAACAGCCCAGAUCCCCAGCCCCAAGCUGGUCGGAGGACCCGGCGGGAAGCAUGCACCUGCCCCUACUGUAAAGACAGUGAAGGAAGGGGUUCUGGGGAUCCUGGCAAAAAGAAACAGCACAUUUGUCACAUCCAAGGCUGUGGCAAAGUAUAUGGCAAGACCUCACACCUACGGGCACACUUGCGCUGGCAUACAGGCGAGAGGCCAUUCAUGUGCACCUGGUCAUACUGUGGGAAACGCUUUACACGUUCGGAUGAGCUACAGAGACACAAACGCACGCAUACAGGUGAGAAGAAAUUUGCCUGUCCUGAGUGUCCCAAGCGCUUCAUGAGGAGUGACCACCUGUCAAAGCAUAUCAAGACCCACCAGAAUAAGAAGGGAGGCCCAGGUGUAUCCCUGAGUGUGGGCACUUUGCCCCUGGACAGUGGGGCAGGUUCAGAAGGCAGCGGCACUGCCACCCCUUCAGCUCUUAUUACCACCAAUAUGGUAGCCAUGGAGGCCAUCUGUCCAGAGGGUAUUGCCCGUCUUGCCAACAGUGGCAUCAACGUCAUGCAGGUGGCGGAUCUGCAGUCCAUUAAUAUCAGUGGCAAUGGCUUCUGAGAUCAGGCACCCAGGGCCAGAGACAUGUGGGUUAUACCCGUCAACCCUGGGAUGCAAGGUAGCAUGGGUCCAAGAGACAUGUGGGAGAGAGAGCCAUGAGGCAUUAAAAUGCAUGGUGGUGGGAAAAAUUGGGGGAGGGAUACAAGAGAAGAGAUGGGGUCUUGGCACCCACCUAUAUCAUCAGUACCUCCUUGAAGUGGGAAACAUUAGUGAAAAUUCUGUUUGUGCCACCCUUUGAUGAGCAUUUGUUUGACCCCAGACAGUUUCUUACACUUCUUAACCCCCCAGCCUCCCCUUCCUGCAUUGCCCUUCUCAGCUCCCCCAUGAUGGAUCCCCCCCUUUCCUAAAGCCAUCAUGCCUUGAUAAAUAUAUAUGAUCAUUGAAAUACUUUUUAACAAAAAAAAAAACAGAUUCUAUAUUCUAUAUAUAUAUAUAGAUAUAUAUAUAUAUAUAAAAGAUAUAUAGAGAUGCAUUUGCAGGGGUUGGCUGGGAGGAGGAAGGAGACCAUUCUGUGACCAAAAUACCUUGGUCAUUUUUUUAUAUUGCCUUAUUUCCCUAUGGCUGAGCCUUGUUGUGACACAUCAAGCUUUUCUAUAGAUGUUGUCUUGGCUUCCCACCAGAUUAAGCAUUCAUAUGCUCUGCUUUUAGUUUAUAUAUACACACAUAAUGUUUUUCCUUUCUUAAUUUUGUCUUUUUAUUUGGGAUCAGCUUCUUGCACUCUUCUUGACUCAACCUUUCUGUCUCCCUUUCUCUCACCUGAUCACUUCAUGUUUUGGUUUUGGUAAUGAUCCCUGGAUGAGGCACUUCUGUGAAUCUUUUAAGGUCCUUGGUCCCAGCAGCAGAAUGGAGAGCCUUGAAGCCCAGGCUGAUGCUUGAGGUAGCUGUGGAGAGAGUGUUCAAAAUACUACUGACGCAGGCACCCUCUUGGCGCUGGAGAGUCCAAGGCACCUCUCCUCGGUGGCUGCUCUAAGCAUCAAAAGUCAGCAGUCUUUCUGUGGAAUGUACAAGAGACCCUUUAAAGGUUGUAAUCUGGAAUCAGUUUGUAUAAACUGUCAAAAAGUGGUCAAGUAACAGGUAGGGGCUUUUAGUAGGAACAUGGUGUGCCCAGAAGCAGAAGUGACUCAGAGCAGUCCAGUUCAGGAGUUAGUGGAGUGCUCGGACUUCUGUACAGCUGUCUUCCAAAGUAGCUCUAAGCUUUGGCGUAUGAGUUUCUGAGAUCACGUUCUGAAAGGAAAUGCACUUCCUCUUUUGAAGAUCCCCAGUAGUUUCUUUCUCAUGUUAUUAAGGAGCAUCAGCCAGUGAUUCUGUUCCGGGUUUCCAUUCUGCAGAACUCCAGAGCAUGUGCUAGUGGCAAGGCAGUGGUUCUUUGAUCCUUUCCCUUAACUCUUCCUUGGGUGGUUCCUAAGGGAAAAGGAAGCACACGAUCAUGGGAAUGAUAGCCCAGAACAAAAAGAAAUCUUGUCUUACCACUGUGGUUUAUAGGAGAGAUCGGGAGACACCAUCCUGCUUUCUCCAUGGCCUGAUAACUGAAGAGACUGAUCCAAAAAUUAUAGCGGCAGGGAACUCUUAGUGCAUUUGGCACUGAGAUUUAAAUGCAACCAGAGUUGUCCUCAAGGCCCAGCCAUUAAAACAUUGUCUCUCUUGACCUUCUGGUAUCUUGUCAGAGAGCUUUUCACUGUGAGGAAGUGUGGAAAUGGCUGUGUGUAUGUGUGUAAUCUGUUAGGUUGGGGAUAGGUUUUCUGUUAGCCUAUACUACAAGAGACCUGCAAUAAAAAAUUGCCCUGAUCUGAUAGAAAAUGAAGUGUUUGUGUAUGACUGUGUAUGAAUGUGUGUUUGUGCCUGUAUAUAUCUACACACAGAUGAGAAAUUAUAUUUGAAAUUGUUGGAAAAUAAAUCAAAUUCAGCUCAAAAAUGCCUUUCAGGCCCAUUACCUAGAAAUCUAUCUUAAAACCUGGGUAUGUUCCUGAGGUCAUUUCUUUGCUUAUGCUAAAUUAGUUACAAUUAAUGAUGGGGGAUAUUAGACUGCACUUUUGAAGAAAAAACUAUUUUUGUGUUUGAAAUUGAAACCAACAUCCAGAUCUAUGGCAGAGUCCUAGUUUCUUUCAUAAAUCUUUUUAUCUUGACUACAAAUAGAUGAUGAUGCUAUGAUUCUACUAUAUAUUUUAUAUCAAAUCUAUCCAUAUUAGGGUCUGGGUAAUCUUGUGUCGUUGUUUAACCUGAAAUACAAUAACUGUUGAUGUUCUAAACAGUAGUUCGCUCCAUUUGGUCCUUUCUCUGCAGACUUAAUACACUCAGGAACUAUUGCGAGGAACUUUCCCCAGAUCAAAUUCUGUUAAUACUGAAGUAAAAGUCAUUCAUGCCCGGCCACUUACCACACACACUUUAUUCCCACUGAAAGGCAGAACUCAGAACCUGUUAUUUUAUGUCUGUAAUCAUGUACAUAGGCAUCUUUUGGAGGAAAGGGGCAGGAUAACUCACCAGAGUGUGCAGUAUUUUGCUAGAGCAUUUCAAGGAAUGGAAUCUUCCCCAGUAUGAAAUUAUUUGAUAUAAACUAGCUUAAUGAUGCUGAGGACUACAAGUGUUUAGAAGGUUAUUUGAUGAUUUUCUCCGGGAUAGAAUGCUGGUUUACCCUCAACCCCCUUCAUGAGCAUUGCUAUAAGUGAAUUCACAGUCCAUUCUUUCCACUUACCCUCUUUCCUUAUUGCCAAGGAAGCUCCAGAUCCAGUAUCUCGUUUGGCCCCCAGACUGAAGCAGCUUCUGCUCUUGUCUCCAGCAGCAGUGAGCCGCUCAGUCUUUUCCACAGGGAGUUAGGAGCUAACAGUCCUUGAGUCAUGAGCUUAUUGCUGAAAAUCCCUUUCCCUGAACAUUUUGGCCAGCAGAAAUUAAUGUAACUGACAGGCGUAUUGAUUCUAAAAUUUUUUUUAUGAGUUGCUUUUUUAUUUAAAUUUUUUAAAUGACCAAACCUGUAGGGCAGGGAAUGUCCAGAGGAGUGGUAAUAUUAAAGCACUCAUUCCCUUGUCCUUUUAGGUUGCCCAUUCACAUUCAUCUGUGUACCAUUUGACUGUCUCACUUUUAACCCAGAGCAGUAACAACCCACACCAUCUUCCUUCAGGGACCUCCUAGCUGGCACCCUGUUCGUGGGUGCUACGCAGAAUGCAAUUUAAUGGAUAUUUCUCAGCCUGAUUCAGAAUAAAUAGAACCCUUGAUCCCAGAAAGUAUAGACUGAAGUGUGGGGUAAAGAUUAUGAUUGGGGGAGGGUUAGAGACAAAAGCUGUAAAUUACUAUGGCUGAUUGAUUUAUUUCUACUAUAUACAUAUAUAUAUAUAUAUUUUUUUUGCUUUUGUAUAUCCUAUAUAGGAAACUAAGCAUUGUAUUUUUUUAACAAAUCUGAGAAAGCACUAUGAACUGCAGAUGUUUGACUUUCAGAAUAUAUUUUGUAUUGUUAAUAUCUUCACAUUGUGUGAAUACUGGAAGCUGCAGGUCUUUGCUAGGACGCAAUAAAUUUAUAUACUUUU